AUGGGUCGUUCUCGGAGGAAUUUCCACUCCGAGGAAGACCCGACCAGAAGGUGUGUUCUCUUUGAUGAUGAACAUGAUAAUGAUGAUCCUCAAACAGACAGAAAUUUUGGGGGGAAGAAACCAAGCUCUACGGGGAAUGAUAAUCUAAUAGAGUUGAGUGGUUAUAACCCCAAAAGACAAGAAUUUGAUCCUGAAUAUGACCAUGACGCUGAGCAGUUGCUGGCUGAGAUGGAAUUCAACGAUACAGACACAGAAGAAGAGCGGGAGCUGAAGAUACGAGUGCUGCGUGCUUAUUCAAAGAGACUUGAUGAGCGGCAACGUAGAAAGGAUUUCAUAUUGCAAAGGAAUUUGCUGUAUGCAAAUCCUUUUGAGAAGGACUUGUCUCCUGAAGAGAUAGCAAUAUGUCGGAGUUAUGAUCCUUUCAUGCGUUUCCAUUCCAAGGAAGAGCAUGAAGAGCUACUUCGGACUUCUGUUGAACAGCACCGUACUUUGAAAAGGAUCCAAGAACUGAAAGAGGCUAAAGCUGCUGGCUGUCGUACAUCAGCUGAAGCGGACAGAUAUCUUGAACAGAGGAUGAAAAGAGACUCUGCAGAAAGCUCCCGGAGGGCAAAGAAGUACCGAGUUGGAACAGCGUUCAGGGAAGUCAAAUGCAUUCACGCCAAACACCUGAUAGUUGACAAGCAACUUCAGCGUGAAAAAAAAUGGGUCGUUCUCGGAGGAAUUUCCACUCCGAGGAAGACCCGACCAGAAGGUGUGUUCUCUUUGAUGAUGAACAUGAUAAUGAUGGUGAGCAGUUACUGGCUAAGAUAG